UCAACCAUCCCUCAUAACACUCCUAACUCUCUCUCUCUCCCUCUCCCUCUCCCUUUUUCUUCUUUUCUCCUCACUUUCUUUCUAUACCCUCAUUUCUCUCCCACCACUCUUUCUAAGAGCAUGGACACUCAACAACGUAGCCCUCUUCUAUCUUGGGCUUACUACUACCAAGGAAAGUCAAUGGAUGAGUUGAAGCAAACCUUGAUGUACACAACAAUGGAGCUAGAACAAACAAGAGUAACAGUACAAGAAGAACUAAGAAAAAGAGAUGAACAACUACAUAACCUAAAAGAACUUUUCAACAAAGUUAUAAGAGAAAGAGAUGAAGCACAAGAAAAAUGCCAAAGACUUUUCUUAGAAAAGUUACUUUUCCAACAACAAAAGCAACAAAACCAAGAUCCUUUGUCUGGAAUCUCAAGCAUUGAAGAUGAACAAAUACAAAAGAGAGGAAUUGAAUCUUCCAACAAUGGAAUAUCACUAUCAGAUUGUGAAGAAAGCAUAGUAUCCUCCCCACAACAAACAAGAACAGAACAACCAAUGAUGAUGAUGAUUGAUUCAAUAGCAAAAGAUAAACCUUUGCCUGAAAAAGGUAAACUUUUACAAGCAGUGAUGAAAGCUGGUCCUUUGCUUCAGACCCUUUUACUUGCAGGACCAUUACCUCAAUGGAGACAUCCACCACCACCAUUGGAGUCUUUUGAGAUUCCACCUGUCACCAUUCAUUCACCACCACCACAACCACCACAGCACCAGCAUCAACUACUUCCUCAAGAGUCCUUUGUUAACAGUAACUGUGGAAGAUUCAAUAGUAGGAAAAGGGUUUUUUGUGAAGGUUCUGAUUCUCCUUCUGCAGAGAAUAAGUACCAGAGGAUUGUACUCCAUUGACUACCAAGUACCUAGCACUGUUACUAUUGACUUCAUUCAACAAGUACUAGAGGAUUUUAUUAUUGUGUAUUCUGAACCGUCUGAUCUUAAAUUAACGAUUGAGAUCGCUUGCAACGAGCAACUAAAUCCUAUUUUACCAACUUAGUUUUUAAUUGAUAUAUAAUAUGUUUAUUAGUUAGUUAAUUAAUAGCAUUAAUGACUAGCAUUAGCAGGCUGAAGCUGGUAUUCUACUAAUCUAGCAUAUGUAUAGUGGUGGAGGAAGAAGAAACUUUUCUUGAUUUUGGGUUUUUGGUAAUAUUUGGAGUGAAGGGUUUUCCUUGGCAUUUUCCUCUAUUCACAUUCUAGUUUUGUUUCUUUGUGAAAGGAAAUGGUUUUUGUAAUAUAAUUGUAAUGUAACUAAAUUAAUGUAGUGCAGCAAGUGAUUUGAGUGUGUAUGAGAUUUAGAUUCUUUA